GAUUGCUGAUUGAAUUCUUUCGGACGCGCGGUUUGUUUUUACGUCUCCCGAUUGGUUUGGUAAAUUAGUGACAAUAUGAGCGCAAUCAACUUUGAAAUAAGAUUAAAUAAGGAGAAUAAAAUAUAUCACGAAGGCGAGCUGUUAAGAGGCUGCGUGCAUUUCAACUGCCCAUCAGAGGCAAAGCAUGACGGCAUUUUGCUGACACUGGAGGGCGUUGUAAACUUGCAGUUAAGCACAAAAAAUGUUGGUCUUUUUGAUGCAUUUUACAAUUCUGUUAAGCCCAUAACACUACUUAACACAACACUAGAGUUGGCAGCGCCUGGCAAAUUGGCUUCUGGUAAUUCUGAAUUCCACUUUGAGCUACCAUUGGUCUGCAACAAGGAACCUCGUGUGCUUUAUGAAACAUAUCAUGGCGUUUUUAUUAACGUUAAUUACCAGUUGCGAUGUGAUGUAAAACGUAGCUUUUUAGCUAAAUCGUUACAGAAGACUCAGCAAUUCUGUAUACAAAAUAAGCCAACGCCGUUGGAUACCAAAGCUCUGACCAACACAGAAGUGAAUUUCAGUAUAAGUCCAGAGACAUUGCAAAAGACUGCAAAGGAACGUAUAAAUAUACCACGAUUUCUAAUAACUGGCAAACUAGAUCAGACCGAGUGUUGUGUAACACGGCCAUUGACGGGUCAGUUAACCGUACAGCACUCGGAAGUAGCUAUAAAAUCAAUUGAGCUGCAAUUAGUGCGUGUGGAGACCUGCGGCUGCGCCGAGGGCUAUUCCAAAGACGCCACAGAAAUUCAAACCAUACAAAUUGCAGAUGGCAACGUGUGCCCAAAGUUGGAAAUACCCAUUUAUAUGAUAUUGCCGCGUUUAUUUACGUGUCCGACAUUGAUAACAAAGAAUUUCAAAAUAGAAUUCGAGUUAAAUUUGGUGGCGAUUUUCAAAGAUGAUUACGCUAUAACUGAGAACUUUCAAAUAGUUCUAAAACGUACAGCGCCACCUGCAGAUAGUAAACUAAACAACCGAGGCAUUUAAAUUGGAAAGUCUUUGCGUUUAGCAUGCAUUCCGAAAUAAGUUCGAAGCGGUUUAUUUUCGUAGAGCAAUCAUACCUAUACAUAUGCGUAUCAAAUUACGAGAAUAAGCAAUUAAAUACUAGAAAUGCAUCAUGUUGUCAUUAUCAUAUAUGACGUUAUAUUUCAAAAGUGGAAGCAAUUAAAUUGAAAACCAAAUGUAA